UCCUUUUAAUCACGCAUUACUCGUUUGUAUAAUUUGAAGGGGGAGAGAAAAUGCGAUUACUGUUUGUAACCUCUUAAUUUUUUCUAUGUUUCUACCAACUUUGGGGACUCCGAGGAGAACCAAAAGGGUUUUCUACAAAAACAAACCCAAGAUCUCAUACUGUAAAUCGCAGUAAAAAUCAUGGAAUCUGAAGGGCAACAACAAAACACAUCCAACCCAUCAGCCGUGAUCGCAGCUCUUCUAUGUAAAAGAGCCAAACAACAUGAAGAACUUCGAAGCAUCGAAAAACAGGUUUAUGACAUGGAGACGGCUUAUCUACAAGAUCCAAGCCAAAGUGGAAACGUAUUAAAAGGUUACGAAGGGUUUCUGUCAGCAUCUAAGAGCACUUCAUUCUACAAGCGGUCUAGGAAAUUUCAGGUGGAAGAUAGGCUCUUUUCACUAUCUUCGGUCACCUCACAAGCGACCGAAGAACAUGCUGCAAUGGGAGCUGCAUCCGCAAUGGGACCGGGAAAGCCGAAAAAGGGUAGACCGGGACCCAGGGAUGUGAGAAGAAUCAGGCAGUACAGUGAACCUGACUUUGACUAUGAAGAUGAUCCUGAUUUGAUUUGAGAUAUUUGGUUUAUGGAGGCUUACAACUAGGUAUGCUACAAGAGAAGGGAUAAAGAUAUAUAAUAACAAAAGUUUGGUUUUGCCGUUGAUGGUGGAUGAAAGAUUGUUGCUUUUAUGUAUAUAAUAUAUAUGCAUAUAAACAUUGGUAGUUUUAUGAAUUUAGGGUGAUCAACUCAAAACCUAUAUCGUGAAAGCUUACAUUGCUCAACUUGUGAAUGGUUGAUACGUAAUCCAU